GAAAGAAUAGAAAGUGCAAAGAACAGUGAGGCAGAAAAAUGUAUUCCUCCUCCAAAGUUUAUCUCUACUUAUGAUUCCGGAGUAUUGUUAUCCAAUGAAGAAGAUGUUUUCAUUUCUUAGUCGCAACGAUCAAGAGGAUUCACUUGAUGAUUCGUGCAUCUAAAAAUGUCACCGAGUCAAUGGUUACUUCAUCUUUCGAUGAAAUAAAUGAGAGAGUUCUCUCGGCAUAUUUCAAUGCCGCGUAUCUCAUUGGAAUUCCAUUAAAGUGUUUCAACUUAACAGGCAAAGAAGAAGGGAGUGGACGUUCAGAUGUUGGAGCUAAGUACGAAGUAUACCCAUCAAAUUUUAAGCGAGUUUAGAGAUAGUAAGCAUUAGAAAUUGGAGUGUGGAGUAGAUGAUGAAGAUGAUUGUGGACAAAUCCUCUGUCGAUCAAUUGCUUCUCAACCUGCAGGUGGUACUACUACGGAAUGUUUAACUGUUCCAUCUCGUUUUCAGUUGGUUUGUUCGACCAAUUCGUUGGAAACCAUUUUUCGGACUGAAUACCUAUGAACUAUUCGAAAGGAUUUGGCAAAGAAUACUUGCGCUUCAACAGAUUCUGAUAUUGUUUUCAUGGGUACUGCAUUUACAUACUUGUUACAGGAAUUGUUAGGAGAUGAACUGGUCAAAGUUGCAAGACAAGUUUUGUGGAUGGGAACAGAACUAGAAAGGAAUAUAUAAACCCAAGAGUGGAUAUUGGAAUGUUAUAAAAGAUAAAAAAUGUUGUGAAGGAAACGUUGCUGUAUUCAGUUCCUUUUCUUUCUCAUUGGAUUGAAAUUUUGUUCUUGCUCGAGUGAGUCUUUAUAUGACCAUCGAGUUCAUGAAUAUAAUAUGUUUGGAAGUUUUCGCGUCUUUUUUUGUCAGCUCUAAAAUAUAUUUCCUUCGAAGACUUGAUACACGGGACUGAGAGAGAGAGAGGAUAAUAUUGUCAAGAUGUUGUUCUGAUUGCAAAGAGUUUCAGCAAAGUUAAUCUUAUCGUCAUUAUGCAUGU